AUGUGGUUCCUACAGUCCUUCCUGCGGUGUGCACGGAAUGAAGAGGACGAAGCGCGGGAGCCUCACCUGGGCGUGGACCCGGUGAGCUUGUUGGCCUCACAAGAGUUCAUCGAAGAUUGCAAGGGCCUCUGCGAUGUGGAGAUGGUGGAGCCGCUGGGUGCCACCUGCUGCGAGCUGCACGGCGCGGUGGCCAAGGCGGUGCCGCCCACGGAGCUCACGGUGAAGGUGCCCGAGGACUUUGUACAGGGAGGUGCCAUAAAGGCCACCGGGCCAUUUGGCGAGGUUUCGCUGAGACCUCCACCAGGGGUGCAACAAGGGGAGUCGAUUUGCUUCCGUCUUGCGCCUCCUUGCCAGUUUCGUGUCACAGUGCCUCCAUGGGCCAAGGGAGGUUAUCAGGGGUCGGUGUCCAAGCUGACAUUGUGCCGGCCCAAAAAGUUGAAUUCUCUUUCCUUGCCGAUGAUUCAUGACCUCAGAAAGAUUUAUGCUGAUCUCCCAAAGACUUCCAGCAUUUUGCUGCUGGAUGGUGAAGGGCGAGCAUUGUGUGCAGGGGGUGAUGUAGCAGAGGUCCGACAAGGUGUCUUGGAUGGAACCAGCUAUCCAGCUGACUUCUUCUAUGAUGAGUAUGAACUGGACUACAACAUUGCCACACUUUUUGAGCGACAACAAGUUCUGCAAGUCUCUUUGUGGGAUGGCAUUGUGAUGGGAGGAGGGGUUGGUUUAUCCAUCCACAGCCCCAUUCGCAUUGCCACUGAGAGAACCAUGUUUGCCAUGCCCGAAACUGGCAUUGGCCUCUUUCCAGAUGUUGGGGCCACCUGGGCCUUGACCCGUUUAAAGGCUGGUGCUCAUGUGGGGCUGCUGCUGGGCUUAAGCGGUGAACGCUUAGGUCCUGCAGACUGCAUGUUCUCAGGUGUUGCCACACACUAUUGUCCUUCCGAAAAGCUUCCGUUACUGGAAGAAAAACUUCAAUCUAUUGGAUCUAUGGACAUCUCCGUGGAAAAUGUCUCAGCUUUCAUUGAGGAAGUGGCUGCUGGUGCCCAACCCGCUGAUGAAAAAGCCCAUCUUGCGGCCAAUGAAGCAGCGAUCCAGCAUUGCUUUGGAGGCACGCCCAGUGCUGAGGAGAUUUGUGGGCGGCUCAAAGGGAUGAACAGUGGAUGGUCAGAGAAGAUGUUGAAGGCCCUGAUGUCCAAAAGCCCACUUUCCGUGAAGGUUUCUUUGGAAGCCUUGCGACGACAUCAAGAAGUCACCCUGAGGGAGGCCUUCAUCGCAGAGUACCGACUUUCGCAGUGGUUCAUGCGGAAAGCUCCGUUGAGUGAUUUCUGUGAAGGAAUCCGAGCAGUGCUGGUCGACAAGGAUCAGGCUCCGAAGUGGCAACCCUCGUCUCUGGAAGAGGUCACUCAGGAGCAGGCCCGUUUUCAUCUCGAAGAUGGAGAUGAGGUGAGUGUGAAGGUUCCAAAUGGACUUCAACCUGGUGAUAGCUUCGAGGUUUUACCACCAGCCAUGAUGGUGAAGUUGCCUGAAAAAUGCCAGCCGAACGACAGAAUCAUCUUCUGGAGCGAAGCCAAAGGAAGCCGAUGUCCAGAGGGCUGGUAUCGCUUCAGGAUGCCACAGGGAUUUUCACCGGGAACAGUGGUCUCUGUGCGUAUCCCGGUGAUGCCAGCGAUAAUGCAGCAAGCAGGCUAUUCACCACCUCCAAAUUCGGCAGAGUCCCCACUGCCGCGCGUGAGCCUCAACAAUGGGAACAACUACAACGACCCGAUUGAUGAGGACCUUCUUGGUGCUGAUGCCAAGGGUGGCAAAGGCCCGGUGAAUGGUUCCAAAGGCACAGAUGCAAAAGGCGGAAAGGAUGGUAAAGAUGGCAAGGGUGGCUACAAUGGCAAGGGCUACGAUAGCUACAAGGGCUAUGGCAAGGGAGGCCAUGAUGGCUACAAGGGCCAUGAUAGCUACAAGGGCCAUGAUGGCUACAAGGGAAGCUACGAUGGCUACAAGCAGGGCCAUGAUGGCUACAAAGGUGGCCAUGAUGGCUACAAAGGUGGCUAUGAUGGCUACAAAGGCGGCGACGGCUACAAAGGUGCCGAUUCGCGGCCCAAGGGUGAGAAGGGUGAGGCCAAAGGCUACGGCUGGCAUGAGAAAGGAAAGGAUGGAAAGGGAAAGGAGAAAGGUGGAAAAGAUGCCCCAAAAGGCAAAGGUGAGAAGGGCAAAGAUGGAAAAGACGGAAAGGGAAAGGGCAAAGAUUGGAAAGACGGUAAAGAGGGACGAGACCCCAAGGGCCUUGCCAAAGGCAAAGGAGAGGGGAAGGGAAAGGCCGAGAAAGGCAAGGGCAAGGACGAGGGCAAAGGACGCGAGAAAGGCGGGAAAGGCAAGGAUGGGAAAGGGAAGAAGGGCGACAAGGGCAAAGGAAGACGACGAGGCAAUGGCAUUGUAGGUGAACUGGUCCCCCAGGAGAAUGCAGAGACCAAGGGCCAAUUUGCCGAGGAUUUUGACUUCGAAUCAUCAGCGCAGAAGUUUGACAAGGUGAGAGUCGCAGAUGAUCUGAAACCUCUUGAAGGUUACGAUAAAGGCAAGUCCUUUUUCGAUUCCAUCUCUUGUGAGGCCACGGAGCGCAGUGGAGAAGCAGGUCGGCGAGCGCAGGACAGAGAGAAGGCUCGGGAUGCCGACCUUGCCACCUUUGGCAAGAGAUGA